AUGUUUAUGCGAGCUGGAGUGAACUAUGAAGAUACCGUAUUCCUGUUUACUGACACACAAAUCACCAAAGAGGAGUUUCUCGAAGAUAUCAACAACAUUGCUCAACUCUGCAAAUUACAUCUCUGUUUUUGUAUGAGUCCUGUCGGUGAAGCUUUCAGACGCCGUUGUCGAAUGUUCCCGUCGCUAGUUAAUUGCUGUACCAUCGAUUGGUUCACUAAGUGGCCUCCUGAAGCCUUGCAUUCUGUCGCCUUACAAUGCCUACAACCACUUGGAAAUCAAGAAGUUAUAGAAAAGAUAUCCAAUAUUUGUGUAACUAUGCAUCAGGACGUGGAUGAAGAGAUAGAAUUCUCCUGCGGUUUGCAGAAACUGUACGAAACCUACGACGUGGUGGGUGUUAUGGAAGCACAGGUACGAGAAAUGGAACCGAUUCUAGCGAGGAAAGCUGAAGAAGGUAUCGCUCUAGUCAAUCGGUUGAAGGUUGAGCAGAAAGCGGCCGAUGAAGUGAAACAAAUGGUUAUGAAAGACGAGGCUGAAGCUAAGAUAAAAGCAGCCGAAGUGAAAGAAAUAGCGGACGAAGCGAAAGCAGAUUUGGCUCUGGCUAUGCCAGCUAUGGAAGCAGCUCAAGAAGCUCUAAAGUCCCUUAAUAAGGCUGAUAUCAAUGAAUUAAAGGCUUUCCAGAAACCUCCUACCCUAGUACGAUUCGUUAUGGAACCCGUAUGCAUACUACUAGGCGUUAAACCUGAUUGGGAUCACACAAAAAGUAUACUAAAAAAGCUCAAAGCAUACCUCACUCACAAGGACUUCAAUCCUGACACUGUUGUUAAAGUUUCUAAGGUGUGCCGUUCAAUGGUCUUAUGGGUGCAAGCUAUAGACAUGUACGCGAAGGUGUUUAGGGUUGUAGAACCUAAGAUCAUUAAGCACAAAGAAGCAGCCGCUAUACUCAAAAGUGUAAUGGCAGUGCUCAGAGCAAAGCAAAAGGAAGUGGAAGAAAUCGAAGAAAAAUUAGCUAAAAUGUUAGAUGAACUCCGAGUACGUAUUCAUACCCAGUUCACUAGAGUUUGA